CUCUCCUUGUCUGAUCCCGCAACGCCUAGGUGUCGCGCAGGUUCCGCCUAAGCUCGUUAUUCAGCCGCCCCAGGCCCCGCUCCGCUCCUGGCCUCCUCGGCGCCGCUCCCCCGUUGCGCGCGGGCCUGGUCCCGGUCCCGGUCCCGACCCCGACCCCUCCCCCCGAGGCCGAGGGGGGCCCGCCGCCGCCGCCUUCCCUCAACCCCCGGGCCCCUGCGUGCCGCCGCCGCCGCCCGGUGUGUGCGGGGCCCGGCUCCUGCCGGCUUCUCCCCUCCCAGGCGGGGCGAUGGCCGCGAGCGCCAAGCGGAAGCAGGAGGAGAAGCACCUGAAGCUGCUGCGGGAGAUGAGCAGCCUCCCGCCCAACCGCAAGUGCUUCGACUGCGACCAGCGCGGCCCCACCUACACCGACAUGACUGUGGGCAGCUUCGUGUGCACCUCCUGCUCCGGCAUCCUGCGAGGUUUAAAUCCACCCCACAGGGUUAAAUCUAUCUCCAUGACCACAUUCACGCAACAGGAAAUAGAAUUUCUGCAGAAACAUGGGAAUGAAGUGUGUAAACAGAUUUGGCUAGGAUUAUUUGAUGAUAGAUCAUCAGCAAUUCCAGACUUCAGGGAUCCACAAAAAGUAAAGGAGUUUCUACAGGAAAAAUACGAAAAGAAAAGAUGGUAUGUUCCUCCAGAACAAGCUAAGGUGGUGGCAUCAGUCCAUGCAUCUAUAUCAGGGUCCUCUGCAAGUAGUACAAGCAGCACACCUGAGGUGAAACCGCUUAAAUCUCUCUUGGGAGAAUCUGCACCAGCACUGCACUUAAAUAAAGGCACACCUAGCCAAUCCCCUGUUAUCGUUAGGUCUCAAGGACAACAGCAGCAGGAAAAGAAACAAUUUGACCUCCUCAGUGACCUUGGCUCAGAUAUCUUUGCUGCUCCUGCUCCUCAGUCAACUGCUACAGCAAAUUUUGCUAACUUUGCACAUUUCAACAGUCAUACAGCACAGAACUCUGCAAAUGCAGGUUUUGCAAACUUUGAUGCAUUUGGACAGUCUAGUGGUUCGAGUAAUUUUGGAGGUUUCCCCACAGCAAGUCAGUCUCCUUUUCAGCCCCAAAAUACAGCGUUCAGAACGCUUUCAUCUAGCUGCAGUUUUGGCGAAUUUACUUCAGCUUUCCCUCUCCAGGCUGUACACAGUGGAAGUGCUGGAUCAAUGAAUGCUAACUUUGCUCACUUUGAUAACUUCCCCAAAUCCUCCAGUGCUGAUUUUGGAGCCUUCAAUGCUUCUCAGAGCAACACAACGGCAACUGCCCCCAGUAAAGUUGCAGUGAAUAAACCGAAUCUCCAGUCAGCAGACAAAUAUGCAGCUCUUGCUAAUUUAGAUAAUAUCUUCAGCACAGGGCAAGGUGGUAGUGAGCAAGGAAGUGGCUUCGGCACUGUAGUUACAGCACCGUCAGGUCCUGCUGUGUCAGCCCCAAGUCAGCCAAGUGCAUCUUCAGACAAGUAUGCAGCUCUAGCAGAAUUAGACAGUGUGUUCAGCUCCACAGCAACCUCUAGUAAUGCAUAUACUUCCACCAGUAAUGUUAGCAGCAAUGCUUUUGGAACAGUACCAGUGGCUGCUACUGCACAGACACAGCCUGCAUCUUCGAGUGUGCCUGCUCCGUUUGGAGCAACACCUUCCACAAACCCAUUUGUGGCUGCGCCUGUCGCUCCAGUGGCACCUUCAACAAACCCGUUCCAGAGCAAUAGCCGAGGAGCAACAGGCCUCUCGGGAGCAAUGCACUCUCACAUAUUUCCUCAGGCUCAUUUUGCGGCUACAUUUGGCACAGCAUCCAUGAGCAUGCCUGCAGGAUUUGGAACUCCUGCAUCCUACAGUCUUCCUACUAGCUUCAGUGGCAAUUUCCAGCAGCCUGCCUUCCCAACCCAGGGAGCUUUCCCACAACAGACUGCUUUUGCUCAGCAACCAAAUGGUGCAGGUUUUGCUGCAUUUGGACAGGCAAAGCCUGUAGUAACCCCCUUUGGACAAGUUGCUGCUGUUGGAGUAUCUAGUAAUCCUUUUAUGAACACUUUCACUGCAGAUUUGACAAAACGCAAAGAAGAUACCAAUGUGAGAUUUCUAAAAAUAGCUACAGCACUCGACCCAAGGUUUAAGAGUCUGAAGUGGCUUCCAAAAUCUAAGAGUGACGAGGUGUGGGGAAUGUUUUCAGAUGUCUUAAAAGAGCAAUACUCCAAUGCAGAAACUACAGAACCCGAACGACCAAAGAAGAAAGUCAACCUUCUGAGGGUGACAUCUGACUCAGAUGAUGAAAAUGAACAUGCGUCAGUCUGCUCUGCUUUGGAUAGUUUCUAUCAGAACCUAUUAUCAGUAUGGACGCAUGUCCUCUGGAAUGGUGGUUGAAGCAUGAAGGGACAUAUGACUCUUUAGCGCAUCUGGCACGUAAAUAUCUUGCGAUGCUAGCUACAACAGUGCCACGCGAAUGCCUGCUCUCUUUUUCAGGUGACAUUGUAAACAAGACGUGGCAGCGUUAUCUCCUGCAAAUUGUAACCAAACUUGUUUGUCUUAGCGAUUGGCUGAAGUAGGACUGAGUGGACUUGUAGGUUCUAAAGUUUUAUAUUUUGUGUUUUGAAUGCAGUUUUUUUUGUACGUAAUUCUACAUUUGUAAGUUCAACUUUCAUUAUAAAGAGAUUGCACUACAGUACUUGUAUUGGGUGAAUUGAAAAAUACUAUUUCUUUUGGUUUUUACAGUGCAAAUACUUGUAAUCAAAAAUAAAGUGAGCACUGUACAGUUUGUAUUCUGUGUUGUAAUUGAAAUCAAUAUAUUUGAAAAUGUAGAAAACACCCAGAAAUAUUUAAAUGGUAUUCUAUUAUUGUUUAACAGUGCAAUUAAUCACGAUUAUUUUUUUUAAUUGCUUGACAGCCCUAGUAUUAAGCUAUAACAUAAAAAGCAAAUCUUUCUUACCAAGGUAGUGACAGGCUUUUGUUUGUUUUUUAUUCCAUCCAGAAACAGUACUUUGUUUUAGGGUUUGCCAUGUGGAAAAACAGUUUGUGCAUUUGAUUUUUU